UGUCUUUACCGAAAAAUGUCGACUGGCUGUCAAAUUUUGCUAAAAAAAUACAAAGAAUUCGUAAAUUAACCAAAUGUUUCCUCCGUAAAUUGAAAAAUUUCAAGCAAAAUAAAAACAAAAAAGUAAUACAAAAAGCACGAACCGCAUACAAAAUUUAAAAGCAAAUGUCAAAGUUAGUGAAAACGUGAAGUACGACUAGUAAAAAGAAGUUAUUCUAUAUUCAGCAACAAAACUCAAAGCAGAAAAACAGACGGUCAGCAAAUUAACGAAAUAACUAGCAGUGGAGCAGCAACAAAAACGAAGGCGACGGUGGUGUAAGAGGCAACAGCACAUCAGCGGUGUCAAUGAUAGCUCAUAAGAGGGCACUCAUAAUCAUUAAAUUGGCAAAUUGUUUUCGGCAAGAAAUAGGUUAUUUUAAAGCGUUCAAAAAUUUACGGCUUUUCUGUAAUUGUCGAUAAAGCCAUCUAAGUUUGAUAUUGCUGACAAAAGCUGUCGCUUGCAAUUUCAUUUUGUUGCAGUCAAAAAAACUGAUCAAGAACACAUAAAAAACGCACACAUUUCAUCUUACUAAAUAAAGGAGACAAGACGCACGUCACCACCAAACUCACACCAUUUGUAUUUAUAACGUACACAAAGGUUAGUUACUUUCCUUUGUUUGAUGUCAAUGCGCACUCUAUUGGAAUCUGAGUAAUCUGUAAACAACGCCGGUUAGCGACUCUGUGCCCACUCUUCUAAACAGGUCAAUAUCCUCACCAACAAAGUCUUUUGCCGCAGCGUGUUUAAUGCUAGUUUUCUAAAGAACUUGACUGCUGAUUGUCCAAAACACACGCGUUUGCUGUGGUUCGCAAAGUGAUUAUAAAUGGACUAAGUAAACAUUUCUAAUGACGCACUGGAGGCGUUAAAAUCCUUUUCGAUAUUCACAAUAUAAAUUUCUAUCGCACAAAUCGCCAGUCGUAUAUAUAUAUCUUGUUUCAUACGAAAAUUAAACUGCUCACCAUUACACCAAUUCGAGAAGAACGAAAGUGAAACCCAACGAAUGGGCGCUAAGGCAAGUACACCGACAGCCAGCGGCCAAAGCCCACGUUCGCGUACCUUUUCCAGCAGCUCAACUGGAACGGACGCUGCACAAGUCGCCAGCAAUAGCAGCGCAGAUGGUGGUCAAGGCUUUAACUUAUUGCGUACAUUACCCAGCCUACAGGUGCAACAUCAUGUCCAGAGUUCAAGCAUCGAUCGACAGCGUGCACGUAGUUUGAGCUCAGUGCCGGAUAUUCACAAUCAACAACAUGGCAACUCACAUGCAGCCUGUGUCGCUGGUGGACCGCAUACGCAUCCAGCGGUCGGUACAACGCCAAGUAGUAAUGCAUUUGGUGUAACCUCACAAGCACAUUCUUCAGUUGCCACCAAUUAUUUGCAACAUCCGCAUUAUCCGCUUGGUGGUGAUGUUAUGGGUUCGGGUAGUAUUCGUGUCAGUGUGCCGGUCAGUAGUAGCUCAUUUCACGACAACACACUGAUGCUGAAUGGCGGUAACGGUAGCGGUAAUAGCGGCCGUGGCAUGGUCAGCGCACCACAUUCUCAUACACUCAACUUUGAAGAUCUACAGGAUGUUUCUGCAACGGGCACAAAUUUUGUGGAGAGCAUUGCAUUGGCGGCAUCCUCAUCUAGUGGCGCGAGCGGUAUUGGUCGCGUCUACACAGCUACAUCGCUACCAUCGCACAUUUGGUCAUUUAAUGGUAAGUGA